GUCUAUGUACACCUACCCCUCCCCUAUCAGGAAUUCUAUGAAGACUAUUCCAGAACAUUCGAGGUGAAUUUGCCACAUAGUAUAAAGAGCACCACGUUGACGUAGGUGACUCAAAUCAGUAAAGUGUUUGAGUUGAAAGGACCGAGUCCUUGUUGAAAUAAUGGGAAAAGACUACUACAAGAUCCUAGGCGUCUCAGAAACAGCUACGGACGAUGAGAUCAAGAAGGCCUACCGAAAACUUGCUCUAAAAUGGCACCCGGACAAGAACAAGAGCCCAGGAGCCGAGGACAAAUUCAAAGAAAUUUCCGAAGCAUACGAUGUCCUCAGUGACAAAGGAAAAAAAGAAACCUUCGACAAAUACGGAGAAGAAGGACUUCAUGGUGUUCCUAACGGUGGAACCGACAGUAACAUGCGUUUUCAAGGCGGACCAGGUUUCGCAAGAACAUUCGUCUUCACGAAUGGAAAUGCACGCGAAACUUUUGCUCGAGCAUUUGAGAAUGACGACGAAUUCGCGGACCUUAUUGGCGGUUUAGGGGGAUUCAGCUUCUUUAAUGAUAGCAGGAGUAGAAAGCCAGGCACGACAUUUAAUAAUAUGGGAAAUUUCACGUUCGACGCCGAUUGUAUUGCGCCUCAAACAAAGAAACAAAAGAUUCAAGAUCCCACGAUCGAGAAAGAUCUAUUGGUGAGUCUGGAGGAACUUGUGAAUGGCUGCACGAAAAAGAUGAAAGUGUCAAGGAAGGUUCUGGACGAUCGUGGUUUUUUCAGCACGGAAGAGAAAAUAUUGACGGUGAAUGUCAAGCCCGGGUGGAAGGCUGGAACAAAAAUCACUUUUCCUAAAGAGGGUGAUCGUAAACCUGGUAUCGUCCCUGCUGAUGUGGUUUUCACAGUCAAAGACAAACCGCAUGCUAAGUUUACGAGGGACAGCAACAAUAACAUAAUCUACGCCGCAGACAUCUCUCUUAGAGAUGCCCUGACCGGAGGACUAGCCGAAGUUCCUACAAUUGAUGGCCGAAAGAUAAAAAUGAGGUUAAGUGGCAUCGUAAAUCCUGAUUCUUCACAACGAAUUCAGGGCGAAGGUCUUCCUCUGCCUAAAAAUCCCUCAAAGAGAGGUGACUUGAUCGUCAAAUAUAACAUUCGAUUUCCCGAUCAGCUAUCCUCAGUUCAGAGAGACGUCUUAUUGAAUACACUACCUAGAUGAUGUAAAAACAAAAAAACAUCGAAACCGUGUGAUGCUGUAAAUACUUAUUGUUUGUUCAAUGAUUUGAUAUAUAAUAGUGGAUUUAUUGCAUAUCUCUGAAAGAGAAUAUUUCUGUGGUAAUAACCCCUUUUUUCUCAUUUUGUAACUCUUGAUUCAAAUUUACAAGGCUACGUAUAUAAAGAUAUGAUAAGAAUAUUAUUUUAGAUCUAACUUUUAAUAGAAAUUAUAGUGGAUAUGGUUGUGUUUUGGACCUUUCAACUCCCCAUGUUGAUAUUGGAAAAAAAAAUAUUCUAGAUAUUGAAAAAUAUUUCCAGAAUAAAAAGUUAAACAAAUCCAAUUUCUCUCUUUUUGUUCAACUAUUUCAUAUAUUUUCAAGUUUCUCUGUCCUAGUGUGUCAAAGCUCUAAGGAUUUUUCGAAUAAACCUGGUCAUGUGAUGUAGUGCUGA